AUGCUGGACAAGCGACCGGUCAGAACCGCUUCGAAGGAGGUCCUCACACUGCCGCCUACCAAAUACGCCCUUGCUUCGGGCAUUGCUCUCGAAUGGGAUCUCCUCACAUCGGCACAACAGGCGCUGAAGCACCACUACAUCCCUCUCACAUCCCUGAGCUCGCGCGCAAUCGACAUUCACAAUGCCGACCUCCAAGGCGACAAGAAGAUUAGAGAGAGCAUCGUUGUAAUGCUCAUGAGAUACCUGGGCACCGACACAUUGCUCUGCUGGGACCCUGAAAAGAACAUCCACGACCCUGCCUCGGCGCUCGAUAUGAAGGUUGAUGGCCAGCCCAAGCAGAGUCUGCGACAAAAGCAGAUCGAGACGGCCGAGCCCAUCCUCGCAUACCUCACUACACACAUCUUCCCUGGCCUCGAGAUUGUCCCCAUCUUGGGCGAGGACAGCAUCAUGCCCGUCAAGCAGCCCAAGGUGACGCAGGAAGUCAUUCGUGGCUGGAUGUCGGCUCUGCCUGCGUUUGAGCUAGCAGGACUCGAGAGAGGAGUUUUGGCCACCAAGAGUCUGCUCGUCGCAAUCCGACUGUUGGUCGAGUGGAGUCAAGAGUUCAGACACUUGCAAAAAGACCCCAACACAAGGCGCUUCGGCAUUCCUGAAGCCCGCAAAGCUUCGAGUGUUGAAGUGACGUGGCAGACAGACAUGUGGGGUGAGGUCGAGGACACUCACGAUGUCGAAAAGGAGGAUGUGGCUAGACAGCUGGGCAGCGUGAUUCUGCUGGUGUCGUAG